GUUCGCCCUGCUGUGGGAAGGCCGAGGCAAGGUGGAGCCAGCGCGUCUGCGCGGGUACGGCAGCCGGAAGGGACCAGAGGCGGUGCCGCCGGUGACAGCCACGAGCCCCACCCUUUCCCCACGUGGCCGCGGAGACCGGCUCUAGAGCGGCUGCUGGGCAGCUGCGGCCCCACGUAGAAGGGCGGGAGAUGGCCUCCAAGCGCAUCACCCAGGAGACCUUCGAUGCGGCUGUUCUUGAGAACAUUGAGGAGUUCGAGAUGGGAUCGGAGGAGGCAGUGAAAGAGGCCGUGGAGCAGUUUGAAUCCCAAGGGGUUGAUCUGAGCAACAUUGUAAAGAUGGCGCCCAGAGUCUCUGCAGGUGGACCCCAGGAGCCCACACACGACAUCCUGCAGGCCCUGGACAACCUCCAGGAGUCCGUGGCCCACUCUGGCCCUCAGGAGGUGUCAGCGCACCUUGCCCGCUUUUGUGAGCAGUGCAAGCAGCAGAAGGCCUGCCGCUUCCUGGCAGCCCAGAAGGGGGCCUACCCCAUCCUCCUUGCUACCUGGAAGCUGGCCGCAGUGGGUGACCAGGGCCUCCUGCUCCAGGCCCUCAAUGCUCUGUCAGCCCUGACCGAUGGCCAGCCUGACCUCCUGGAUGCCCAAGGCCUGCAGUUGCUUGUGGCCACGCUGGCCCAGAAUGCUGAUGUGGCUGAUCUGACCUGCUCUGGGAUCCGCUGCGUGCGCCAUGCCUGCCUGAAGCACGAGCAGAAUCGGCAGAGCCUGGUGAAGGCUGGCGUGCUGCCCCUGCUGACUGGUGCCAUUGUCCGGCACAGCCACUGUGCCGAUGUGGUCAAGGAGGCCUGCUGGGCCCUCCGCAUCAUGACCUUUGAUGACGACAUCCGUGUGCCCUUUGGCCACGCCCAUGACCACGCCAAGAUGAUUGUGCAGGAGAAUGGAGGCUUGAAGGUGCUCAUUGAGGCCGCCAAAGCAUUCCCUGACAACCCCAGCGUGCUGAGCGAGCUCUGCAGCACCCUGUCCCGCCUGGCCGUGCGCAACGAGUUCUGCCAGAUGGUCGUCGACCUCGGGGGCCUCAGUGUCCUAGUGGCCCUGCUGGCUGACCGCAGCAACCACCAGGACCUUGUGAAGCAAGUGCUGAGCGCCCUGCGGGCCAUCGCGGGCAAUGAUGAUGUGAAGGAUGCCAUCGUCCGUGCUGGUGGGACGGAGUCCAUCGUGGCUGCCAUGACUCAGCACUUGGCCAGCCCCCAGGUACCCAUCCCAGGGGGCACACAAGGUGGAGCGGAGGGGCUGGAGUCCCAGGUGUGUGAGCAGAGCUGCGCAGCCCUGUGCGUCCUGGCUCUGCGCAAGCCAGAGAACAGCCGGGUCAUCGUGGAGGGCGGCGGGGCCCUGGCUGCACUGGAGGCCAUGAAGGCACACCCACAGGAGGCUGGCGUGCAGAAACAGGCCUGCAUGCUGAUUCGUAACCUGGUGGCCCGCAGCCAGGCCUUCUCACAGCCCCUCCUGGACCUGGGGGCUGAGGCGCUCAUCUCGCAGGCCCGUGCCACUCACCGAGACUGUGAGGAUGUGGCCAAGGCCGCCCUGCGGGACCUGGGCUGCCAUGUCGAGCUCCGAGAGCUGUGGACCGGCCAGAAGGGCAACCUGGCACCAUGACCCCAGGCUCAGUCUGGGCUGUGACUCUGGGUGAGCCGUGUGACUCAGGAAGUGAGGGGAGAGCCAUGCCUGCUGCUCUGCACUCCAGAUUCCUUCCUCAGCAAGAGGUAUUUUCUGAUGGGCCCCAGGUACAGAAUAGGGGGUAAGUGGGGGCAUCGGUGAGGCAUCUGCACAGCAGAAAGCAGUUCUGGGUCCCGGCCUCCUCUCCUCCUGCUCCCCUCACCAGCUGACAGCGUUGGCAUCAUUCAUCCUGCCUCCCCCAGGUCCUUUCCUGCCAGAAGGGCCUUCUCAGCACUGCUUGGGGGUGAAGGACAGUCUGAAAUGUGGGAGCCAUCCUGGCCAGUCUCAGAGCAGGACAGGGAUCCCACUUCUGUUCCUGCAAGUCCAUUCUCACUCCUGCUCCUGUUUUUCUCACCUAUAAAAUGGCUCACAGAUGCCUUGCUUUGCUGGCCAGAGGCCCGAGAUUGAGGGUCGUCCAUCUCUGGGGGUCCCCAGCCAGCCAGUGGUGCCCAGUAAUAAAGGACCAGACUGUUGGUUGAACGACA